AUGGAAAAACAUACGUCAAACAUCAUCACUUUUGCUGACAUUUGCCUGAUUAAGAGUUCGGAGACUGACGACGAAGAGUUGGUGGAUGAAGGACGUCCUCCGGUACGACACUACAAAGCUUAUACUGUAAUGCAGAAAUCCGGCUUUCAGCAUACCGACUAUGCCUCUAUAAUGAUUAAUUUAUGUCGUGCCGAAAUUUUAAUAUCGUUAUGCUUCCUUGCACAUGGUUUAAGCUGUCCAGGAUAUGCGAAAGAAUCUGAGUACCAAAGUACCUGCCACAUGAAUGUUGUAGCAGCCGUUGUUGGGACUGCGACUGGUGGCUUUGGACUCGGUGUUGUAUACAAAUUCCGAUGGAAAAUGAUGUUAGUUAUGUGGCUAGUUUUGAGUAUCAUGUCGGCAGUUGGAGAUCUACUGUCCGUAAUAACUGCCGGGAUUUGGUUGGACCACUUAAGUAAAAUGAAAGAUCGAACAGGUCUUGUGAACGGUUUAAGCGGUAUGAUGCUUCUUGCAGCAGUUGCUGUUGGUGUAUGCUUUAUUUUAUCCUCGGUGAUGAUAUGUCAUUACUGGAACUCAACUUCAACUAAGUAUCAAGCAAUAGGAAAAAUUUCGAAACGUUCACGUUCACUACGAAGAAGAGUUUCAAGACCAUCUGCUUCUAUAUCCAAAGCACGGCUUGACAAAAAAGGAUAUCAUAUAGUUUGA